AUGCGUCUUCAUAGACUAGUUCUUUAUCGUCUUCAGGAUGCGGUGUCUAAAAAGGAAUCCUAUGGCCUCGUCCCAGAUGCUGUAUCCCAAACGGGUUCUACCCCCAACAUGUUGGCAGGCCUUCCAACAUUGGUACCACAAACACCUACACAGACGCUUCAGACCCGAGCCAACUUGGAACGGACGGCUUCCCAUUUUGAGAGUCCUCAAUACUGGCAGAAUAGAAGACCACCUUUUCCUGUACUGACUCAAGUCUCUUCAGACAAGGCAAGCGCAACUCCAUUAGGACACCCGUUAGACCGAUCAUCCACUGAAGUGCAAUCUACCCUCCCUCCUUCGAUUCCCUCUUCUAUUCCUCCCGUUCCUCCUCCCCCUCCCCCUUCUCAUCCUCCACCACCCCCACCACAACUUCCUUCUCCUCCUCCGCCUCCUGCUCCAACGAUACCUGCCUUUGCUUCUCUUCAUCCGCAACUUCCUUUAGAUCCACCAUCUGUUCUUCCUCCUUCCUCUCCUCCUCCUUCUUCUCUUCCUCCUCCUCCUCCUUCUUCUCCUCCUCCUCCUUCUUCUCCUCCUCCUCCUCCUCCACCUUCUCACUCCCACUAUUCUGCUCUUACUCCUGCUGCUGAUCCCAUUUAUUUCCCUCAGUCAUCCUCUUCUAUAGACACAUCUUUCGGAAAGCAAUCAGAUCCUCCAAAGACGAUCAACAGAGCCUUCUUGCCCGAUCAAGGACAUUUUAGUACUGAAAAUGGCAAUUGUCAGUCUCAUCGAACAAAAGAGGUUGCUGAUCCAGAACAAGGCAGAAUAAAACAGGAGGUUCACUCUGUUGAUGGAAGCCCGAGUACGACUUCAAAAAGCGAGCUAUUUUCAACUAUGGCUAGAACUGGAAACGGUUUUUCUAGGCAAGUUGGUCCAAAUGCAAUGGCCAUAUGUUCCAAUCGCAUUAAAAAUCUAGUUGGAUCCUAUACAUCUAAGUCACUUAAUGUGCUACAAGGACUGACAUUUGAAGUUUCCACAAUAAAGUGA